CCGGAAUAUUCGGAUUCCCGGAUACUCCGGUAAUUGCCAUUAACGCGCUCGAGCAACGCCAUCUGCGAUCGCCCCGAUCGGAAAAAAAUACGCUCGACUCCGUAACAGAACUGGGACUUUCUCUCGCCAGUUUGGUCGUAGUUCGAUCAAUCUUCGGGUUUUUGUUUUCAUCCAAUUUGCGGGUUUCCACGCGGAUUUAUACAUCGCGAAAAAUGACGAGCGUCGGCGACAUAUUGGAUUACAAGAAGCGCCCCGACGAGGACUAUUAUGCCAUAUUGGGAUGCAAGGAGGACUCGACGGUAGAACAAAUCAAUACGGAAUACAAAGUGAGAGCCCUCCAGUACCAUCCCGAUAAAAACGAGGGGGACAAGGAGGCUUUGGAAAAAUUCCAACAGUUGAAAGAGGCGAAAGAGGUGCUCUGUGAUCCGCAGAAACGGUCGAAUUACGAUAAAUGGAGGAACAGCGGCAUAUCGAUCAGCUACAAGCAAUGGUUGGGCAUGAAGGAACACGUGCAUCAGUCCAUGCACUGGACGAACCCGAAGACCAAGGACCGCAUGCUGGAACCGUCCGGCGGCAAUUCGGGCCCCUCCAGCUUGGGCGCCGCGACGUCGCCGGCCCACCGCCGGGCGUCCGAGGGCGGCGCCAAUCUGCAUUGGGGCGGGAAGGGCGCCGGCGCCGCCUGGGGCGCCGAGCCGCCCUCUACCGUCGUCAACAAAUUCCGCAAUUACGAGAUUUAGAUCCGGCUAAUUGAUUGAUUCAUUGAUUAAUUAAUUAGGUUCGUUUUUCCCCGCUGCCCCCCCGUAUACACCACAACGGUAAAUGUUCCCUGUCCCUCGUAUACACUACCGGUGAACGUUUCCUUCCACCCCCGUAUACGUUACACCGGUAAAUGUUCCCUUUCCCUACCCAGUUUACUUUACCGGUAAAUGUUGACUCACCCUCGUAUACACUUCCGGUAAAUGUUCGUCGUGUCGUCGCCAUCUUGUGUAUAAUGAAAUGUCUAAAUGAUCUUCCUUGUAUAUUCUAGUUGAGCUGUCUUUCGGUUGGUUUUCCUCCAUCAUACAGGGUGUCUCAUAAGUUGAUAACUGAAAUAAAAAGUUUAAAAAUUUAGUUAAUACGGCCCUGUUCGUUAAAAGUUGAAGAAACUGCUCAAAAGUGUCGCCAUUUUGAUUGAUUGUCAUUAAUUAUUUAUUAUUUUUUUGACACUUGUAUUGAUAAUGGCAGGUGCGUACUGGAAAAUAUUCGAAAUUUAAAGUCAUUUUAAAAAUAUCCAUAAUUUUUAUUUUCCAGAAUAUUAAAAAAAUUUACUUGAAAAAGUUGCUUAGAAUUAAAUGAUCUAAACGCAGUUAAAAAAUAGGUAUCAACUUACGAGACACCCUGUAUAUCGCCAACUUCGAUUCGAAUUAAAAAAUUCGAAUUUAAAAACUUCGCUUUGGGGAUAUUUUUGUGUUUUAUACGAGGGUAAAGUGAAAAGUUCUGUGGUCUGACAAUGCGAGACAAGGCGAUUUAGUCAGUUGAAAAUUUACAAUUAUUCUUGUUAUUGAGUCGAAAUGUUCGAGUUCGAGACGGUUCUAGAUGAUUCUGGGGCGUUCUGGAUUGUUUUAAACGUUUCUAAAUGGUUCUGGAGCGUUCUAAAAGGUUCUAGACAGUUCUCUAAAUAAUUCAGGAGCGUUCUAAAUGGUUCUAGACAGUUUUAAAUGGUUUUGAAGCCUUCUAAAAGGUUCUAGACAGUUCUCUAAACAAUUCAGGAGCGUUCUAAAUGGUUCUGGAAAGUUUUAAAUGUUUUUGAAUCCUUAUAAAAGGUUCUAGACAGUUCUCUAAACAAUUCAGGAGCGUUCUAAAUGGUUCUAGACUCCUUCUAGAAUCCUUCUAAAAGAUGUAUAGGCAGUUCUCUAAACAAUUCAGGAGCGUUCUAAAUGGUUCUGAAGCGUUCUAAAAAUACUCCUGUACCAUUCUAAAUGGUUCUAGAUAGUUCUAAAUGAUUCUGAAUAGUUCUAGGCAGUUCUAAAUCAUUCUGGAGCGUUGUAAAUGACUAUGGAGCAUUCUAAAUGCUUCUGGAAGCUUUCGAAAUGAUCGUAGACAAUUUUUGAAUGCUUCUGGAGUGUUCUAAAUGGUUCUAGAGCGUUCUUUAAACGAUUCUAGAGCGUUCUAAAUGAUUAUAGACAGUUCUAAAUCAUUCUGGAGCGUUGUAAAUGACUAUCUAAAUGCUUCUGGAAGCUUUCUAAAUGAUCCUAGACAAUUUUUGAAUGCUUUUGGAGUGUUGCAGAUUGGAGCUCCCCUUCAGUGUUUCAGACAGAAAACUUUUCACCCUACCCCCGUAAGUUGUACAAUAUGUAUACACACUCAACUAUGUCGACUGUCUAUUUUUCGAAAAUUGUAUAUCUAUAUUUUGACGUAUCUGUCAAAUUGUUUCAGGGACUAUACACCUUUUAUUUCGUAUUUUAGAACUGAAUACGGUUGGCAACAAUUAUUCAAUAAAGCCAACGUUGAUGUAUUUACAAAAAAAAAAAAUAAUAAUAAAUAAAUCAAAUCGUCUUAUGCGUACCUAUACCUAUCUUUCUCUGAUUGUGUCGAAGAGAGCGAGAGAGAGCGAGAGGGUUGAUAUUUCUUACAAGCAGGGUAUAUUAAUCAAAGCACACUAGACUUUUUUCUCCAUAUCGUUGAAAAACAAAUAUCAUUGGUAUUAUGUAUUUUGAUAAAUGUUGACUAUAUACAUUCUAUAUAUUAUAUGAUAGAAAUACCUAUUUAUUGAUGUUUACCUAAAUAUAUCUAUAAUAGAUUAUUCCAUUGUGUUUUUUAUGUAUUUUACACUUACU